AUGGUGCGCGUUGAGCUGGAGUGGGAGAUCCCCAUGUCGGUGACACUGCCCAUCCAGGUGCAGCCCGACCCGGCGCACCAACCGUUCCCCUUCCUGGACACGACAUUGGCCGACCUGGGCAUCCAAGAGUCAGAGGUGAAGGAGCGAGUGGUGUGGGUUGACACCAAGAAGACGCAGGUUAAGAACAAAGCAGGGAAGCUGAAGGAGAAAGAAAUCACCAUCCUAGAGGUGAGAGUGAAAGCCCAGAAGCCUGGAGACAAACAGCUCCAGGAGGUCCUGUACAGCACUGAGGCGCACACUGACCGCUCCUUCUGCCGCACAGGAAUGGACAUCCUGCCCUGGAAACAGAGAGCUACAGGGGAGAGUGGACUGACACCGGUGCAGAUGACAAUGGCGUUGGAAAACCAGCAGCCUGACUUAACCGAGGCCCGGGAACAACGGGAGAUCUGA